UGUUGGUGAAAGGUGAAGGAAUUGCUAUUCGUCACUAUUUUCCUGUAAUCUUUAAGGAACUCAGUAGGUAGUUUGCUAACAGAUUAAGGAAUUCAAUAGGUAAUUUGCUAACAGAAUUCAGUUCACAUACGACAGUUUUAGAUUAAUUUUUAGUAUAAUAUAGAACAUACCGAAAAAUGGAAUCGUUAAACUUAAUAGAAUCUCGUAUUGAUAACCUAAACCAGUUACUUGGCCCCUUACCAACUAUUGAUAAUCAGGUAGAAAAUUUAACGGAUUCGGUACUAUCGGCCGCGUCCUUCCUGCCCUCUGUCAGCACAGGUCAUUUGGCUGAUGGCAGUGCUCGAGAUAACAUUUUGAAUGUCUUCAAAAGAAAGGAUGAGUUGGAAGCAUAUCUGGAUCCAUCCUAUUUAGACGAAGAACAAGAUAUCAGAGCUAAGGAAAUUUAUAUCAAUACUAUUGCAAACGAUUUGGCUACAACUUUCGAAACUUUGCAAAAAAUUAAAGCUCUCGAACCGACUUUAGGAGCGGAAUACUUCCGUAAUCUUCCGGAUGUUGGCAAUCAACUGAAAACAAUGAUGACUACGACUGCGGAACAGAAGCAGGCAAACGAUUUGCUCGAAGAGAGUCUGGUGAUUGCGAUGCAGCGUUACAGUGAAAUCCAAAACGGCAUUAAAGACUCUCUUCGUGCUAUGAACGAUCAAAUCGAUAGAUUGGAGGAACGGUUAUUGGAAAGAAAGAAACAGGAUAAGGAUGUUUGAUGCAUUUUAAGUGUAACCAUUUGAGUGAAUAUGUUUUAUGUGUAUAUGUUGGUAAUUUCGUCAUAAAGAUAUUUAUUAAUAAUAAUUGCUUUA